AUGCGGUGUCUGGUGGUGGAUGGGCGUCCGGUGAGGCAGCAGGUGACUGCCACGUACCUGGCCCGCAUGGGGCUACGAGUUGACCUCUCUGAUAGCGUCCCUGCUGCUGCGCUGGCACUCAGGCACUUCCCCGGCAUCUACCAGGCACUCCCGGCAUCUACCAGGUGGGUGACUGUGAAUCAUCCCUGUGGCUGCCCUGGCACUGCCAUGUACCUGGCUCGCAUGGGCCUUCAAGUGGAUCUUGAAGCGUCCCUGCUGCUGCUGCCCUGGCGCUCAGACACUCCCGGCACCUCCCAGGGCCUGGUGAAUCGCAAGAGCCGGUGGGACAUGGUGGUGGUGGAUGCAGAUGCGGACGGGCCGGGCACGGGGAUAGAGCUGGGGCGCAUGGUGCAGCAACUGAAGGAGCUGAGAGAGGCGCCGGGCACGGGGAUAGAGCUGGGGCGCAUGGUGCAGCAACUGAAGGAGCUGAGAGAGGCGUGGGAGACCACUCCUAUCGUGCCCAAGCUGCUGCUGCUGCUCACUCAGCAACUCAAGGAGUUGAGGGAGGCGUGGGAGGCCACUCCUAUCGUGCCCAAGCUGCUGCUACUCAGCGCUGGCCACCAGGCGAAGGCAGCUGCUGCUGCGGCUGUGCCUCUAGGGCAAGCGAGUCCUGGUGGUCGACCACCACUACAUCACUCCCCUCAUUUCGCCCCUCUCCUUUCUUCCUCCCGCCCUACAGCUGCUGCUGCAGCGGCGGUUGUGGCACUCGGGCUGAACCCACGAGAGACAACAGCACUGGCCACCAGGCGCAGGCAGCUGCUGCUGCGGCUGUGCCUCAAGGGGAAGCGGGUGUUGGUGGUAGACCACCAUUACAUCACGCGCAAGGCGGCUGCUGAGCUGGUUUCGCACUUUGCUGACGUGGUGGUGGCCGUUGACAGCUCAGUGGAGGCCCUCUCGCGGCUCACACCGCUGCCACACUCCUUCCAGCUCAUCCUCGUUAAUAUCCGACUCGCUGACAUGCCUGGCUUUGAAUUCACGGAGGAGGUGCGGCGCCGGGAGGCGGAGCACAACAAGGCGGAGGUCCAACGGUGGGGCGCCACGUCAGCGCAGAGAAUCCGCGUGCCGAUCCUGGGGUUGGUGUCAGACAUGCACCCUGAGAUGGUGGCGCGGUGGCGCGAUGUGGGCAUGGAUGGGUUGCUCACUACUCCCAUUGAUGAAGCCCAGCUGCUGACAGUGGCUUCCAGGCUGUUCAAGCCAUCAGAGCAGCACUAG